AUGUCGUCUCGUGUGGAAAUCGCUUCCGCUUUUCAUGCCGCUUCGAGGUCCGCAAUUAUUGAUUUAUUGAUUUCUUAUCGAUUUUUCUAUCGAUUGAUAGCUUUCAGGAUCACAAUUCCAACGGAGCACGUGCUGUCGCACGCGAACAGCGUGACGACGAACGCGUCGACCGCUGCAAGUCGAAGGCAAAGUCUCAAAGUAGGGAUGAUAAUCAAUCAAUCAAAUAAUGAGUUGCUAAUGAAAUUAUAAUUAAAGCUGUGCGCUGGGCAGGUCGUAGUGCUGCAACGCGGUCGCGAAGCGGCCCAAAAUUUCCCAUUUUCCGAACUUUUUCGCUUCGAAACUUCCACAGUGCAAAUCGGGGUGUGGGAGAUUGAAAAUGUGUUAUAGUCUGUGUGCCACGACUAGGAAUUUCACCGAACGACAUUCCGCUGUUCGCUGCGCGCCUUUGCGAACCUUGGUCGCGUUUUUUAUUUUUUAUUAAUUUAUCAAGGUGCUCUGCUUUCAUGUGCUCCGAAAGAAAUAAUAAUCAAAUGAACGCGUGACCUAGAUUCCAAAGACGCUUCGCGAACGCACGCAGCGGAACAGCGGAAUGUCGUUACGUGAAAUUCCUAGUCAUGGUACACAGGAAAUAAUUACCAAAUUAUAGGAUUCAAAUUUCAGACGAGAUGAAAAUGUUUGCAUUUGUGAGACAAACCGGCCAAUACGGCCAGUUCUGGUGAUAAAUCAAAGAGAUUUUUUUUCCAAAAAAAAAGCCCUAGAAAGAGUUUCUGAGAAAAAGGCCUCAUAAUGUUUACGAGAGAGUUUGUAAAAUCCAGAACUGGUAGCUCCCUUACACUGCGGAAUUUGAGUAAAAGUACUCAUUGAAAAAAUUUUUUUAUUUCGCAUCGAAUUCAAAAUACAGUAUCUUCAGAAAAGGUACCAAAACAUUUUGUGCUCACAUCUUCCUCGUAUGGAGCCCAGUCUUUUUGAAACUCUAUAAAGCUGGCUUUUUUUUCUUCGAACUGAAAUUCCAAGUUUCACAAAUUUUAGCACAACUUCAAUAAUUUCAGAAAGGUUGGACCCUAUACGAGAAAGUAGGGAUCAAAAAUUGUUUUUUCGAUCUUUUCUGACCGAACUGUAUAAAAUUUAAUUUUAAAGGUGUUUGGAGCUUUCUUCCGGUUAUUUAGUUUAUUUUUUCUUUCCAAAAUUACUUUUUUCAGUUUUCAUUUUCUUCGAAUUCUCUAUAAGAUUUUUCUCGUUUUUUCAGAAUGUGAAAACGAAGACGGCGAUGGGGGAAGACGUACUGACGGAACGGAAUCAGUUGUCCCGACAGGACGCCUCUUGCUUCAUCGAUUCGCGUCGGAGUCCACUCGGAAGGUGCGCAUUUUUACUUUUACAUGCAUUUUUCUACUGAAUAUUAAAAGAACGGGCUUGAAGGAGGAAAAAUUACGGGAAAAAAUUGAAGUUUAUUUUUUGAAUGAUAUAAAUGGAAUUGGGGCUUCAAAUUUUUUUUAAUGAAAUUUUUCCUCGUUUCUUAGGAAUACCAAAGUGGUCCCUAUAUGGGUUUAGGGGGAAAACAACUAUAGGCGCCAAAAAAAAAGUGGUCUCUAUAGGGGUAAAAUUAAGGUGGUCCCUAUAAGGGUUUAUGGUCGGACCCCUCAGCCCCUCGAGUGGAGCCUAUAGGGGUCUUUCGAUUUCAUUCAGAAAAAAGCUAACUAAAACCCCGUAGGGACCACUUUUGCAAUCUUUAGUGGCCCCUAUAGAGGUUGGUAAAGUGGUCCCUAGAGAGAACCCUUCAAAGGCCCUAAGGUUGCCCCUAUAGGGAACACUCUGGAGUUUCUAAGUUCAUCGAAAGCCGUUGGGAAGGCGGACUUUUUUCUUUCUGAAAGGAUUUCUAAAUUUAAAUAUGUUACGAAUUUACUCUUUAUGAAUACUUGAAGAAAAACUACGGACAACUUGGGAAGAUAUAAAUAUUGCAGUUUUAUCUUUUUUUAUCAGCAUGCUAUCAAGAACUUAUGUGAAAAGGGUUUUUUUUUCUGGAAAAUGUCAUAUUUUGAAAAUUUAUUUCUUUCAAAACUCAGUUUCAAACCUUUUUUGAUUUUUUUUUAAUGAUAGAAAUUAGAUUCCAAAGCACAUUUCUUCGGGUCCCACCACGAACAAGAAGUUAAUCAGAGAAGAGAUUAGAUAACCAGGAGUAAGUGACCUCAUUUCCUCUGUUCCGCUACAAGUUUCAUAAUCAAACGUCAGGUUAUCGCAUUAAAAGAACUGUUGCGUAAUUGCGAAACAUUGCGCUCUGAUUUUUCUGAUUAUAUUUGACGAGGACUUGGUCUGCUUUUUGUUGGGAAAUAUUGUGAUUUGAUGGGAAUUGGAAGCUUGCCAUUUUCUGGGAAGCAGAGAAAUGAAUGAAUUUGUGGGCGUUUAAGAAAGCUGGAGUCUAGUCAAUUUUCAAAAAAAAAUUGGUAGCUUGCAUCUUCAGCUUGUCCUUGACAAUAGUUCUCAUCGAUUCUCGACUCGUAUUCUUUUGCCAUCUUUCUCAUGCUUCUUUCCGGAGUGCGUCUGAUUUUCUCUCGAACAGCUUUGACUGCUUCUGGAGUCGUGACGGUGACUGGACGUCCCCUUCUUUGCAUGUCAUCUGAAGUACCGAGACGUCGAUAGCGUUUUGCAGUUCGAAAAACGAGAACAUGAGACACUUUCAGCUUUUUAACUAUCUCUGAAUUCGUCAUUCAGCUUUUGACACAAUCAAUGAUUGCGGUACGGUACGGAGAUGGGGCCACCAUUACCUGAAAACUGAAAAGAAUGAGCUGUAACUUCAAACACAUGAUAAGUGAGCAUGAAUGAACGAAAUAAACAAAAAAAUUCAAAGGCCAGUCCUUUGUGCAAAAAGCAGCGAUCAAACAAAAAACGGUUUCAAUACUUAUUGGCCACCCUGUACAUUCUUGGCUGUGGAGUUGUUGUAACUGCGCACUUCCAUUUUCCAAGCAAAAUCAGUGUUUUAAAAAAAUCUUAGUGACAGAAAAAUUUUAUAUUGGUUCUUCCCCUUAUUCUAUUCAUAGAGACCAUCUGACCGGUGAUUUAUUUGUUUUCACACUUGGAAAUAGUUGGAGUCAGAGUUUUGAUUUUGAUAUUUACCUCUAAUUUUGGAGAUGUAAGGUUCUUUUAUGAGUUAUUAUUUUGCUCACUCUAUAGUUUCAUUUUUUUUAAUCUUUGCUGUCUUUCAAGGCUAAUUGAUUGUAAUCUAGCUUGGUGAGGUUUUCGGUGAAUUAAAAAGGCUUUCAACUUUGAAUUAUUCACGAUUUAGUCGGAUAUUAAUUAAUUUCCAUCUCGCUGAGCACUUUUUCAUGAUUUUUCUUCCGGCAAUAACGGCGUUUCCAGCGCUUUUCUGAAAACUUCAGUUUUUGGCUUGAAAAAGUACCUUGGAGGGUUGAAGCAUUUUUAUAAGUUGGAUUCUAUGUUUGGUUCGAAAAAAGCAGAUUUUCGACUUCUUCGACUAUUCCUCAAGACUUGAAACUCAAUGAAAGUUUAUAAAACUGGACUUUUGGGGAUUUCUUGGUCGGUCGAAGACUGAAGGAUUUCAAAAAGGUCUUUUUUUCAGCUCCGGAGGACUUUUGAAUCAGUUUUCUCAAUUUUUUUAGAGUUUUGAAUAUUGAGCGACACUUUUUUGAACCAUUGAGCUGCAUAAGAAAAAGUCAGGAUUUUUCAAAUUUAUUUUCAAACGGCUGUCAGCUUCGCUUUUUAAAUUGGUCUUAACAAUCGAUGAUAAUUUGAAUCGAAUCGGUCUGAAUCCAGGUUUUUCUAGACGAAACGCUCUGAACUUGCAAGGUUCUGUUGAUUUGGAAAUUUCGGAUGACUAAUAUUAUACUCCUGUACUAAUCUUUUCACUCCUCUCCCGCUUCCGCUCCCAAAACCGGUCAAGGUCUGCGGCAAGCGCAAAGAACGCGUUUCAAAGGCUUUUAUAGCUUCGAAACGGCGCUGCUGCUGCGAAAAAAAGCAGAGAAGAGGAACUGAACUGAUAAGCGAGACAGACCCCGCCGCGUGUUGUGUCAUCAAACCGGCGACGCUUUUUCUGUGUUGGCUCAAGGGCUAUGGCGCAGCAGCGGCGACUGACGCGUUCGGAUCGCGUCCCGCCGUCGCCGAUCGCCGAAGACGUCGCGACCAUCGUCCUCAUGCCCAACGUGCCGACCCAUCUGCGCAUCGAGGUCCCAUCCUCGUCGGCCCCCAAACAUCGCGAUAUCGCCGAAGCGACCGAAUUCGAUUUCCGCCCUAUUCAGGAACGAUACUUGAAGAUUCUGCAGGACUUGUAA